AUGGCCUCCUCCUCGCCACAAUCAUCGGCAGUGACUGCGCAUUCAUUCAAUAAGAUCCUCAAUCAGCCCAGGUCGUCAAAAUCAAAACGCUCUAGUGAUGUCGAUGAAGGAACAAAGAAAUUGCGGCGGAUGAUCCUGGUCGAGGGCAUACCUUCAGCGGCUGACCCUACUCUCCGACCUCGGAUAUGGAAAAUUCUACUGCGCGUUGAUGAUGUUUCAGCAUGCACAUUUUUAGAAUACGUCGCUCGUGGCCCUUGCGAGGUUCGAGAGAAAAUAAGGAAUGAUACAUUCAGGACUCUAGCAACAGAUCGAGGUUUCAAGGAACGAGUACGGGAAGAUAUGCUCGUCCGUCUGUUGGAUGCUUUUGUGUGGCGCAAUCAUGACCGGCAAGAAACUCAGCAACUCGGCUUUACGUACGUCCAAGGGAUGAAUGUACUGGCGGCGCCGUUUCUGUACACCAUGCCUUCGGAACUGGAAGCUUUCUUCUGCUUCGCCAAGUUCAUUGAGGAAUGCUGCCCACUAUAUGUUCAACCUACGCUAGAAGGAGUUCACCGUGGUCUCAAGCUACUCGACAGAUGUUUGAAGAUAGUGGACCCCGAACUGUUUGCAUAUUUGCGAAUGAAAAACCUUUCGGCUGAGAUCUAUGCGUUUCCAUCUGUUCUGACACUCUGUGCAUGCACGCCACCUCUUGACCAAGUGCUCCAACUAUGGGAUUUCCUCCUUGCAUUUGGCGUACAUCUCAAUGUCCUAUGUGUCAUUGCCCAGCUGCUUCUCAUGCGAGAUGAAGUAAUGGUAUCAACAAGUCCCAUGCGUUUACUGCGAACAUUCCCACCUCUUGAGGCAGUUCCAGUUAUAGGCAUUGCAGUGACUCUCGUUCGCGAUCUCCCUGUAGAUCUAUAUGACGAACUCGUUCGACACCCGUACGAAAUCACUCACGUGUAG